AUGUAUUUCCAUCAAGUUUCAACUACAUUAUUUUACCUCGGCACCGUCUUUAAUUCGAAUGCGUUUAGACUCAGGACCUUGCAAUUAACUCUCCAAUUGAGACACCUUAUGUCUCAAUUGGUCCCUGAUGGUAUAAAAAUCCCCGGAGUCUCCGAUACCUCUGCGUUUGUCAAUUGGAUUGUGAACUUGGGAAUCACAUGGAACGAAAAGGUAACUAUUGAGAAUAGUAAAUUAGGAGGUAUGGGGUUAUUUUAUACUCCAGAUGCCAAAGAGGACGGGAAGGAGGAGAAAUUACUACUAAGAAUACCAUCAUCGUCCAAACUUACCAUUUAUUCCCUUCUUGAUACUCUCACAAAGUUGAAACAAAGGGAUGUAAAUUGCUUUCCAGAUCAUCAACUCAAAGAAUCCAGUCUAGUUGUCGCAUUCUUGGACAUUUUGAAACCAAAAACAGAGACUUUAUUUUUGAUUAGCUACAUUUUAGCCUUUUCAGCAUUGUCAAAUGAUCCAGAAUCACCUUUGAGAGAGUAUGAUACCUAUAUGGACAUUCUAGAAGCUACAUUUGUUCCUGACGAGACUACUGUAUCGGAGGAGUCACAAUUCAAAGAGUGUUUACGCAGUUAUAUGCAAUGGUUAUAUAAAGAAUAUACCAAUCUCUCAAAACAGCUAAAAGACAGGAUACCAGACUUUGAUGUAAAUGAAAUGCUACCAUUUUCGAAAUAUUAUCAAUUAUUCCAAGCUGUUAGAUCAAGAACAUUGGAGAUCCCCAGAUCUUUAGAAAAUGAAUCAGAGAGUAGUAGUAAUAGUACUGAAUUCACAACCGAUGUUUCACUUGUGCCAAUCUUGGAUUUCGUCAACCACAGUAGUGAUAACAAUGCAUAUUUCGACAUUGAUCGAGAAAAUAAUGACAUCAUACUAAAGUUGGAAAGACUAGAAAAGAAGGAUAAAAAAUUUGAAGUUACAAUCCAGUACCAACAAGAGGAUCACGAUGAGGAUUUCUUUCUCACAUAUGUGAAUUCAUUAGCGGAUCAGGGGGAUGGACAAGGUACUGCAACCAGUGAGACAACUAUUGUUUGGAUCACAACCACAAUCAAUGGGUUGCUGACAGUAAUGUCAGUUUUGUAUACCCAAACAUUCAUGAGUACAUAUACAGAUGCAGCUGAGAGCGUUCCAAGUGGAACUAUUGGGUUGGGAUCUAUAAGUGGUACAGUGGGUGGUCCGAGGGUAUACGACCAAACAACGGUGACUAAUGGUGGAUCAUUUUUCUAUAGCAUACCUUUUGGAAUAGCUGGUAUUUCAUUGCUUUUGGGUAUGCUUUGA